GGCUGCCGGGAGCCGUAGUCCGGGCAUGCGCGGGAGGGCGGGGCUGGGCCGGGGCGGUGGCAGUGGGGAGCGGAACGGAGCGUGGAGCUGCUCUCAGGGUCGGAUCCGGCAGGGCGUGACACAGCCUGUGCUCUCCCGCGGGCGCGGCAUGGCGGCGAGCACGGGCGGCGGGACGGCGGCGGCGGCAGGGGAGCCGGCGCACGCGGUGUCGCUGCUGCGGGGGCUGAGCGCGCUGCGAGCGGAGCGGAGCCUCUUGGAUGUGACGGUGGUGGCGGGCGGCCGGGAGUUCGGGGCGCACCGCGCCGUCCUGGCCGCCGCCUCCGGCUACUUCCGCGCCAUGUUCGGCGGGGCGCUGCGGGAGGCACGGGCCGAGCGGGUACGGCUGCACGGCGUGGAGCCCGAGUGCCUGGCACGCCUCCUCGACUUCGCCUACACCGGACGGGUGGGCGGGCUGGGCCCCGACAUCGCCGAGCGCCUGCUGCGCGCCGCCGACCUGCUGCAGUUCCCCGCCGUCAAGGAGGCCUGCGGCGCCUGGCUGGCGCGCCAGCUGGAGCCCGCCAACGCCCUGGACAUGCAGGACUUUGCCGAGGCCUUCGCCUGCCCGGCGCUGGCGGCCGCGGCCCACCGCUUCGUCCUGCGGCACGUGGGCGAGCUGGGAGCCCAGCUGGAGCGGCUGCCGUUGCCGCGCCUGCUCUCCUACCUGCGGGACGACGGGCUCUGCGUCCCCAAGGAGGAGGCUGCCUUCCAGCUGGCGCUGCGCUGGGUGCGUGCCGACCCCGCCGCUCGCGCCCCGCUGCUGCCCCAGCUCCUGGCCCAUGUCCGCCUGCCCUUCGUGCGCCGCUUCUACCUGCUGGCCCACGUGGAGGGCGAGCCGCUGGUGGCCCGCUGCCCGCCCUGCCUGCGCCUGCUGCGCGAGGCCCGCGACUUCCAGGCCGCCCGCCUCGACCGCCACGACCGGGGGCCCUGCGCCCGCAUGCGGCCCCGGCCCUCCACCGGCCUGGCUGAGAUCCUCGUCCUCGUCGGUGGCUGCGACCGCGACUGCGACGAGCUCGUCACCGUUGACUGCUACAACCCGCGCACCGGCCACUGGCGCUACCUGGCUGAGUUCCCCGAGCACCUGGGUGGGGGCUACAGCGUCGCCGCGCUGGGCAACGACAUCUAUGUCACUGGGGGAUCGGACGGCUCGAGGCUGUACGACUGUGUCUGGCGGUACAAUUCCAGCGUGAACGAGUGGACGGAGGUGUCUCCCAUGCUGAAAGCCAGAGAAUACCACAGCUCCACGGUCCUGGACGGGCUGCUGUACGUGAUCGCCUCCGACAGCACGGAGCGCUACGACCACUCAGUGGACGGCUGGGAGGCCCUGCAGCCCAUGCUCUACCCCAUGGACAACUGCUCCACCACCUCGUGCCGCGGCAAGCUGUUUGCCAUAGGCUCUCUGGCUGGCAAGGAGUCCAUGGUCAUGCAGUGCUACGACCCCGACAGCGACCUCUGGUCCCUGGUCAACUGCGGCCACCUGCCUCCCUGGUCCUUCGCCCCAAAGACCGUCACUCUCAACGGCCUCAUGUACUUCAUCAGAGACGACUCAGCUGAAGUGGAUGUUUACAAUCCAGCAAAGAAUGAAUGGGAUAAAAUCCCUGCCAUGCUUCAGGUGCAUGUUGGGGGGAGCGUGGCUGUGCUCGGCGGGAAGCUCUACGUCUCCGGUGGCUACGAUAACACGUUUGAACUCUCGGACGUCCUGGAAGCCUACGACCCCGAGACACGAACGUGGAGCGUGGUGGGCCGACUCCCCGAGCCCAUCUUCUGGCAUGGCAGCGUCAGCAUAUUCCGGCAGUUUAUGCCAGAAACCACGCAGGAGGAUGACAGCAUCACGCUCGACAACACCAUCAACUUGAACAGGCAGCAGCAAAACCUUCACAACCAGAACCUCAACGAGCUUCGUUAGCGGGGGAAGGCGUUAUCCCCCGGCUCGAGGCGAGUUCGUUAUCCAGAACCAGUGUUGCUUUGAGAGAAGACAGAGGCAAACGGGUGCUUGGAAAAAAAAAAUGUACUGAUCAUAGAGGGAGUGAAAACUCUGAAAGCUUGACGUGCUGCUGCGGAGCCGUGGCCGGCAAACAGCGAGGCCUCGCUGCGGCCUACCUCGGCCCUUCUCGGGCGCGGGAGGAGGCGGCGCGCGGCCCCCAGGGGGGACCCGAACUCUGAGGAGAGCAGGCGCGUCGAACGUCACCACCGCACCACAGCUUACAGCCUUUCACCGGGAGCUCCUUCACCCCGUAACACCUCGUUUGCCUCCAAACUCCUUUCUUUGCUUUCUUUUUUGGGAGGGCUCUGUCUGGUGGGACGGUGGUCUGGACCCCCACCUCUGUUCUGUGCCUCGGAGGAAGACGGACCUCCUGCACACGUCUUCCUCUGCAUGGUUAGAGGGGGGAGAGGCCUUCCCACGAGGGCUGGAGGUCUGUUAGUGGUGAGAGGUGAACAUGAGAACGUGGCCCUUCCUGCCCUGUCGCCAUGGUCCUUGGCUCCCGUUCAUGCCUUCAGAAGGAACAGACGUCCCGUAGCAGGGAUCUCGCUUUGUCUAACUUCAGCUCUGCCUGUAUUUUGCUGGGGCUUUUUUUAAGUUGCAGCAUUUAAACUUCUGUAGGUGUUUUCCAGCCCUUCCUAGCAGAGGAAGUUUUUCCUUCUAAGAAGAAACACCUUUCAUCUUUUAACUGCAUUCGCACAGCUAGACUGUUUUUGUUUCUGACCACCCCUGCGGCAUCCUCCUUUAGGGGAGGGGAGAAGCCAGCAGCCCUUGGCUGGCCCGAGGAGCGAUUCCUGGGGCUGGCUGCUGCUGCCCUCGCGGGGAGGAGCCGUUCUCCCUCCCGCUGGCACCGGGCUCCUUGGUAGCAGGGCUGAACUACACAGCAAAAACUGCUGCUUGUGGCGAGGGCUGUUUGCUGUCGCUUCUCCUGCGCUGAGCUCUCAGCCGGCGUGCUGGGUUGGGCAGAUCGGCCCCAUGCAGCAAGGGCAAGCUUUUGUUUCUUCACCACUUUAAAGGAGCUAAGUUGGCAUUGUACUAUUUUAGAAAAAACAAGAAAAAAAAGUACUGGGAAAGGUGAGUGCAGCUUCCUCAAGGGAUUCACUGCAUGCUUGCAGAACUGCUGGCAGUGUUUAGGUACGUUGAUGCAGAAUUGCUUUCAAAUGCAUCACUUUGUGUGAAGGAACCCACCGGACCUUCGGAGGGGUCUCGUGCCUGUCACGCCUCUGGUUGCAGGAGCUCUUGGGAUUUGGGCAAUUGGAAAAUGCUGCUGAGGUGUUUUGGCAAAGGUUGUAGGAGUUAGCCGGAGUGUUGCAGAUUGAGAGGUAGUUAUUUUAGGGUUUUUUUUUUUCUUCUUUUUGUUUGGGGUUUGCUGGGUUUUUUUGCCUGUGUAAGAUUUGCCUUCAUACUCGCCCGAGUGACCUAGCUAGCUUGGGCUGUAUUUCCUCUAUCUACCUUAGCUGAAGAGGAGCUGUGUGCAGUUUACUCGCGGAACAUUUCUUGAACAAGCAAAUGGCUAAAACUGGUACAGCUCGCCCAAAAACGAGCGUUGCACCUUUGGGAAAACUGUAAAGCAUGGUAACGGCUGAAGCGUUGGCUGGAUGUGUUCGCUUUUUCCAUCUUUCGUUUUUAACCAAUAGGAAACAAAAUUUGCAUUUCAACUUAAUUCAGAGAUGGGAAGCCUGUCUACUUGACUGCAGGCCUCCUGGCUUGCCCUUGGAUUGAGUAGUGUUGGAGCCCCAUCUCCACAUCAGCUCUUCACAGCUUUAAAAAUAUCUGGUUUGCCUUGAAUGCUGUUUUAUGCCUUGCUCCUCAGCUGUGAACUUGGGAAAGCCCUUCACAAGAUCUGGGCUGUUCUCCAAGUCUGAAACUGACAGUGCCUUGAACCUGCCGCGUGCGGGAUUGCGGAGGGGCCCUGCCCAGCCGCGGCAGCAACUCGGUUUAAAACCCUCCCUGGCGCUGCUGGGGUGCGGUGGGGCCCCCCUUGGGCGGAGGAGCCGGGGGGGAGGGGGGGGAAUGCGCGGGGGCCCGUGAUUUGGGGUGGCUCUUUUGUUCCUGGGAGUAACAGCCGCAUCCCGCUGUGCCGACCCGCGAGGCCAAAGCAGCCCAUGCCCCGGGGAGAGCCGGCGCGCGCCGCGCAGCUGAACUCGCGUUGCAGACUGAAGUAUUUCUGCUGACCUAUAAAUAGUACACACACCCCGUCUCAGACUGUAGUGCUCGCUGCUGGAUCUGCCACCCCCAAACUCCCCAACCGCUGAACAGUUACGGAUCUGUAUUUAUUUUUUGUAAAAUUCAUUGUGUCCAAAUCUCUGAGUACAGUUUAAAUACCGUCCUUUGAAACAAAGGCAUUUUACAUUUACAGAUAAUGUAUUUUUAUUCUCCUAGUUUGUUUUUAAAUUUACUUGCAGCA